GCAGAAGAUAAGAUCUUGUUAUAAAAGAACUUUUACAGGCUGUUUGGAGUGGUGCAUGGGGCUUGACUGAGCUUCCAAGAUGCUGCUUAUUUGGACAAUCUCACUGCUAUUGGGCACAGUGGCAGGAAAAGAAGUUUGCUUUUCCAGACUUGGAUGCUUUACAGAUGACAAACCAUGGACUGGUAUUAUACAAAGACCCCUUAAGUUGCUUCCCUGGUCUCCAAAAGAUAUCAAUACCCGUUUUCUUCUGUAUACCAAUGAAAACCCAAACAACUACCAAAUAAUUUCUACAGAAGAUUUGGAAACUAUCAAAAGCUCUAAUUUCAACAAGAAUAGAAAAACUCGAUUUAUUAUUCAUGGCUACAUAGACAAAGGUGAAGAAAACUGGCUGUCAAACAUGUGCAGGAAUUUCUUUCAAGUAGAAGAGGUAAACUGUAUCUGUGUGGACUGGAGAAAGGGUUCACGGACUGAAUAUACUCAAGCCUCACACAAUAUUCGAGUGGUAGGGGCUGAAGUAGCCUAUCUUGUGGAUGCCCUUAAGAACAAGUUUGAAUACUCUCUUGAUGAUGUCCACAUCAUUGGCCACAGUCUGGGAUCCCAUGCUGCUGGAGAGGCUGGGAGAAGGUCAAAUGGCCUCAUUGGACGAAUCACUGGGUUGGAUCCUGCUGAGCCUUGCUUUGAAGGUACUCCCGAAGAAGUCCGAUUGGAUGCCAGUGAUGCCAAAUUUGUUGAUGUCAUUCACACAGAUAUUGCUCCUAUCAUUCCUAAUAUGGGCUUUGGAACGAGUCAAAUUGUGGGACACCUUGAUUUCUUCCCAAAUGGAGGAAAGCAUAUGCCUGGAUGUGAGAAGAAUAUGAUUUCACAGAUUGUAGAUAUAAAUGGAAUCUGGGAAGGAACUCGAGAUUUUGUGGCAUGUAAUCAUCUGCGAAGUUAUAAGUAUUAUUCAGAUAGUAUCCUAAACCCAGAUGGCUUUUCUGCAUUCCCUUGUGAUUCCUACAAAGUUUUUGAGGCGAACAAGUGCUUCCCUUGUCCAUCUGAAGGAUGUCCACAGAUGGGCCACUAUGCUGACAGAUUUGCUGGUAAAACAAAGGCAGUGGGACAGGUUUUUUAUCUCAACACUGGGGACAGCAGUGAUUUUGCUCGCUGGAGGUAUAAGGUAACUGUCACAUUGUCUGGAACCAAGGUUUCUGGAAGAGUAGUAGUUUCUUUGUUUGGAAGUAAUGGAAAUAGCAAGCAAUAUGAUAUUUUCAAGGGUUCUCUGAAACCAGGUUCUACUCAUUCUAAUGAGUUUGAUUCAGAUUUCAAUGUUGGAACACUUGAGAGAGUUAAAUUUCUUUGGGACAACAAUGUGAUUAAUCUAACUCGGCCCAGGUUAGGAGCAUCAAUGAUCACCGUAGAAACUUCAGACGGAGAAACGUACAACUUCUGUAGCAAAGAAACUGUAAGAGAAGAAGUUCUGCAAACUCUCAAUGCUUGCUAAAAGCAUGUUAAAGUGAAAUCAUUAUUUCCUGUGAUAAUAAAAGGCAAAAGUAAA